AGCGCCGGGCUGGUUGGAGAAGUAGCGGCGGUGGUGGGCGGCCUGCUGGAAACACCAGGACUACGACACUGAAGCUGCAAUAGCAACGGCAGCGUCGAAGACUGGGAAGAUUGCGCACUAAGAAAUACAGCGUCUGAGAAACAGGAGCCUUUGCGACACCAAAUCUCGCCACCUAUAUCUGCAGGAAGCAGACAACCAUAGACUGCUCAGAAACUUGUUACUCAAAGCUGGGGUAUGGCAGUUAAUGUGUAUUCCACCUCUGUGACCAUUGAGAACCUGAGCCGACAUGAUAUGCUGGCAUGGGUGAACGACUCGCUGCACCUUAGUUAUACCAAGGUUGAGCAGCUAUGUUCAGGAGCGGCAUACUGCCAGUUCAUGGACAUGCUUUUUCCCGGUUCUGUACACCUGAAGAAAGUCAAAUUCCAAGCCAAACUGGAACAUGAAUACAUACACAACUUCAAAGUGCUGCAGGCAGCUUUUAAGAAAAUGAGCAUUGAUAAAAUAAUUCCAGUUGAAAGAUUAGUGAAAGGGAAGUUCCAGGACAACUUUGAGUUUGUGCAGUGGUUUAAGAAGCUCUUUGAUGCAAACUAUGACGGGAAGGACUAUGACCCUUUACAGGCUAGGCAUAGCCAGGAGGUGGUGGCUCCACACAAUCCAGUGCCACAGAGGACAUCCCCAACAGCGCCCAAGAAUGUGCCAGCACCUCAGAGGGUGUCCCACACAACGCCCUUCAUGGGCGGCGGCAGAAAGAACACGCCUGUUGUCCGGAAUGGUGCCAGCGAUGCAGAUACACAGAUCAUGGAACUCAACCAACAGUUAAUGGAACUGAAAUUGACAGUGGAUGGGCUGGAGAAGGAGAGAGAUUUCUACUUCAGUAAACUACGGGACAUUGAGCUGAUCUGCCAGGAACAUGAAAGUGAAAACAAUCAAGCUAUCUCCAAGAUUAUAGAGAUUCUCUACGCUACAGAGAAUACCACAGUUGAUGGGUAAAUCCCCUAGUGUGCAGCAGACGUUGCGAUGGCUUCGCACCUCCAGAGGAUGACGACCAGGAUGAAUACUAAACCCAAUUUUGACCCUCUGUCUUUCUUUCUCAUUCUCUCUCCCGCUUGCCCACACCCCGCCUCUCUUUAUCAUAAAGGUACCCUAGGCUGUUUACUAGCACUACAGUUUGAGUUUUUGAGUUGUACAGCCUUUUACUGCACAAUCACAUAACAGCAACAGACUCCUAAACAUUUCAGCAUGGUGUAGAUAAGUGGUAGGUAAAACAACAAACAAAACUGUAAACACUUAAUGAGAAACAGAAAACACAAACAUGAAUCUGAAUCUAUUAACAGCCCUUUGCGAUACUGAAUUUUAGCUUCUAUUUAUGUCUUACUGUACAUUGCAACAGGUAUUCAUAUGAUUUUAAAUACAAUUUACUCCUUCCCUCUACCACAACUGCUGCAGCUGUAUACACCUUCCUACCACACUCCAACUGACAGACUGUAUAAUAUUGAAGAAAGAUAUUUAAUUUGUAUUUGUUUUUCUUAAUGGUUUACUUUCACUUUGCAUAUUGUUUUGACAGUGAUCAUUUGAAAAAGAUUGGCUGUAAACAAUGGUGAUGAAUUACUACAAUGCAAGUCGUCUAAACUGCUUAUUUGUGUUUAUUGGGGGGCAUUUAUUUUAUUUGUUAUUGAGGGGCAUUUAUUUAAAAAAAGAAAAAGGUUUUCCAGUGAGCUGUUUGGAUAGCCCUGUUUAAUUGCAUAUCUAAAAGGCGCAUGUGAAUGUUUUGGCAGAUGGUUAAGGGCUGGAUUGGUAUAUUUUUUUAAGUUAUUGUAUUUGAAUAGUCCUCAGUCAGAAAGCAGGUGGAAGUACAGUGAGAUUUAUAUAUUUUUUCAGUGUUGCAGAAAAAAAUAUUAAACAAAAUACUGAAAUUAGGGGUGUUCAGUAUUCGUGCUUGAAAAUCUAAUAUUGAUUGAGUACAACAUUACUGUAUAACAGUUUUAUUUUUAACUAUGAAAUGCAUCUUACAUUUCUACCAGUCCUACAAGGCCCGGAAGUAUUACAUAAGAAGCCUUAUUCUUUCGGAAUUAAAAAAAAUGUAAUAUCUUAUGAAAAGAACAAGAAGCAUUAUUAAUGGUUAAAUGCUUUAAAUAGAAAUCUGAAUGAUUAAGGAAGGCGCUAGCACAGUUAUACCACCACGGUUAUACCACCAGACUUCAAUCCCUGCUUCAUACAAGAAAACUACACAGACAUUUGCCUUGGAUAUCACAUACAUUUUGCAACGCCUGUCUGAUUAAAAUGCUGUGGCCAUAACAAUGGUGUGCAAAACUUGCAUCUGCUUUAAGUUUUAAUAAAUAAAUAAACUUGUGUGAAAAACA